AUGGUCACUGAUUUAACAUCAGAUGCCUUCAUAGCGUGUUUAAAGAGAUUUGUGGCUCGAAGAGGUUUAUGUUCGAAAUUAUUUUCAGAUAACGGCACAAACUUCAUAGGAGCAAAUAAGGAACUUUCUAAGUUAUACAAUUUAGUUGUAAAACCCGACGAUAGUCUUGCUAGUUAUUUGUCAACAGAGGGAAUUGAUUGGAACUUCAUUCCACCUAGAGCACCUAACUUUGGUGGCCUCUGGGAAAGUGGAGUUAAAACAUUUAAAUAUCAUUUCAAACGCAAUUUAGGUAAUUCCAAAUUGAGCUAUGAAGAAUUCCUAACAGUUAUUACGCAAAUAGAAGGAAUUCUAAAUUCUAGACCACUUGCACCUCUGUCGUCCGAUACCGAUGUGUAUGACGUGUUAACCCCUGCUCAUUUCUUAAUUGGCAGAUCCUUAAAUACUGUUGUAGAGCCAAAUUUAAUAGAAGUUAAAGAACAAUCGAUUAUCCAAUUGGAAAAAACUGACAAAAUUAAUUCAAAUGCUUUAUAG